GUCCUGUGCGUUCUUUAAUUCAAAAAUUCUAAUAGUUUUCCAACACGAUGAAUUGGCCAUACAAACAAUACAUUUUACCAUAACAAAUUGUAGAUGUCAUCUUUCUCAGAGUUUAGGAGAAUUAUCCAACAGAUGGCGCAAUUGUUAAAAUUGACGGCGACCGCUGCAAAAAUCCUGUGUACUUUUAGGAAAAAGCACUUUUUCUGCGGCUGAAAAAGAAAUUCCAAACCAGAAAAUGGUUCUUUUCCUUUUACUUUUCACAUUUGCAGUACCGUCCUAUCAAGAACAUCAGUUUCAUGCUUGCUCGAAUGACUGUAACGAAACCUGCAGCAUAUUAUUACAUACUUCAUUGGAAAUUUGUGGUUCACCAAAUAAUACUUAUUGCAAAACUCAACGCCAUAUGUAUAAUGAAUGCCGGAGUAUUUUAAAGAUUUUGCAUGAUUAUGAGGAACUGGACGAUUGCCCUCCGUCGUCUUUAGAGUACAGCGUAUUGCACUCUCACCCAUGCCGGGAGAAGCGUUCACAGAAUUUAAAAAAAGACGCUGGCGUCGUGGCGGCUAAAUCGUGCAUAGCUAGACGGUCGGAUUGUCUGAAAGAUUACGCUUGCAGUAUGAGAUUGACGGAUUACAGACGGACGUGUCGUGAGAAGAAAAGGAAGGAAGCGUGUCUGGCCGAUGACCAUUCCAGUUGCCUGAAGAGUAUCGCCAAGUUGGAGGGUUACGGGCUCUUCAAUUGCACCUGUCCCAUGAGAAAGAAGAAGACGUUGGAUCGUUGCAUACACAUUUUUAACCGUUUAGCUAAUAAUACUUGUUUAGUUGAUGCUCCUUAUUACGUCUUCUCAUUGUCGAUGGAAUUUAAAGGAGGCACUUUUAAUGAUCUAGCUGAUUUUAUCGGUCUCAACGGAAUAUCUGAUGGUUCCUGUACAGCUGCAUUUCGGAACUGUCACCGAAAUUCUGAAUGUAGAGCAAGAUUAGAUAGAGUUUUUACGACCUGCUCACCGUGCUCGUCAAGAGAGAAAUGUUUAAAUUCGAUCAAAAUGUUUGUAUCGUCUUUGGAUGUUCAAGUUAGACGGCCACUACUUUUUUGCGAUUGCCCGAAUAAAGCGGACAGAAAGUGCUUAUUCGCCAAGAAUAUUCUAACCCCUAGUUGUGCGAAGGUUACAAAGCCAAAACCCAUUGGUUGUGAAAAGCUAGUGGACGACUGUGAGAAGAUGGAAGGAUGCGGGAAGACAUUGGAGUCUUUAAAUGAAUUUUGCGGAGAUGAUGACUCAAGCGUUCGAAGAUGCUCGAUUGAGAAAUGUCGAGAUGCUAUUGAAAAAGCGAUGGGCACAUUGUUAAUGACGAACUGCACAUGCUACAAUAGAGGUCAUUCGGACGUUCUAAGUAGAUGCGUUCGAGCGAGAAAGAGAUUAUUUGGAAAAAGCACUUGUAAAGAAUUAGCGUUUAGCCUAGGGAGGGUAAAUGGUUCUACAGUGGCUCCACCUCAAGGCCAAGUAGUUUCCAACGAGUGUCAGCAAUACAUCGCAUCAAAAGUGCCUCCCUACAUGAGCGUACCUAAGUACGUUCGUAUAUAUAGAGUAUCAAAUUGCGGAGAUCUAUGCAUAUGUCAUUCUAAUGGAAGUCUAUCCUGCAAAACGUUACAUUGCUCAAGAGUGAGUAAGGACAAAAAGUGUCAAAUGAGCGAUGAUCGUUCAUAUGAUAGUGGAACAUCUUUUACGGACAGUAUUCGUGGUCAGUGCAAGUGUAUUCAGGCGGAAACGGUUUGUGCAAGACCGCGAAAUUUCACGACUCCCGGAAGUGGUCUGUUUUUCCAUCUCGGUCUUAGCGUUAAGGAAAGAGACCUAUUAGGAGACGAUAUUUAUGUGGACGCUUAUUCCAUUAUGGACAAAUUAGUGACUAUAAUUAACAGAGACGGCCCGGAAAAGUGUCGGCUAAAAGUGCUUCAUACAAUGCCUUCAAAUUUUGUUUACUCGAUAAAACCACGAGAGGAGGAAUGCCUAAGAAGAGUCAGAUUUCUAUUAGACGCCAUCAAUCAAAGGAAACCUAUUAUCUUGAUGGAUGCCGAACUAUCAUUGAUAAAAAUUGGAGAAAUAAGGAGAAUCACUCACAGAACGCCUCCUGUUCGAUCUGUAGAUCGAUUUCCCCCUGAAAGGCAAAAUGUUGAUUCAAACUCGGACAGUAAUACCUCAAACACUCUUCUACUUUUAGUGACAUCUAUCGGAUAUAUUUGUAACUACCGUCUCUUUCCCGAUUAAUCUACUAUAAUAUUGGUUGCAUGCUACAUGUUGAAAAUGAAUAUUUUGAAAAGCAUAAUGUUACAUAUAUAUUAUUUUUUUUUAAUUUUUUAAUUUGUUGAUAGAAUGGACUAUAAAAAAAGAUAGAUGAAACAAAUUUAUUUUUCUGUCUGUACUCUUUUUAAACUCUUUCUUUCUUUCUUUCUCUCUC